AUGGACGACGAGGCGGACACCUAUAAGCUGUGGCGCAUCCGUAAGACUAUUAUGCAGUUGUGUCACGACAGGGGAUAUCUCGUCACUCAGGAGGAAUUGGACCAAACGUUGGAUCAAUUCAUCCUCUGCAUACCUCUGUUUGGGUCCAUACGCAACCCUUUCGCUAACCGUCUGUUAAACUUCUGUGCAAUCAGAUAUUCACUACAGAACAUUUUGAUUAGCGAAAGACAUCCGGCGAGAAGUGAUCUGAUAGUACUGGUGGCACACAAUGACGACCCCACAGAUCAGAUGUUUGUCUUCUUUCCGGAUGAGCCGAAGAUUGGCAUAAAGACAGUGAAGAACUAUUGCCAACGAAUGCAAGAGGAGAACAUUAGUAGGGCUUGUAUUGUAGUUCAGGUGGGAAUGACUCCAUCGGCCAAACAGGCGCUCACAGAUAUGGCCCCGAAGUAUAUUCUCGAACAGUUCCUCGAAUCGGAACUACUCAUCAAUAUUACCGAACACGAGUUAGUUCCCGAACACGUGGUUCUGACGCCCGAAGAGAAGGCGGAACUGUUGGCCAGAUAUAAGCUGAAAGAGAAUCAAUUGAUGCGAAUCCAAGCGAGUGAUCCGGUGGCCCGUUAUUUUGGCCUCAAGAGAGGACAAGUGGUCAAA